AUGGCGAACCUGUCGACUGCUGAAGUCGGCAACCCCAGUCUCGUGGCCGUCUCAGCUGGCGCCAACUGUGGUCCCAUGUUUCCAAGGCCGACGAGUUCGGAGCUGGAGCAUCACCUCUCCACUGGCAUGCUGUUGCCCAGUCAAUUGUUGGCGGCUGUGGCCGCGGCUCCGAUGAGUCCUACACCGGCCUCGGUCACCGGGUUCACCUCGACGCCCCGCAGUCUUCAUCACUCCACCGCCCAACUGACCAGUCUGUCUCUUGCACCCUGGGUCACUGGAGGCAGGCCGUCGCGAGGGUCUCUCGUCACCGGGCAAGACGACGAUGACGACGCCGACGACGAUGAGCCGACGGAAGAGCUUCGUCAAGUGGUAACCGGUGGAGCUGUUGCCGGGGCUGCCACUGCUGCCGCCGUUGUUGCUACGGCCAACGCAGCCGCGGCGGCAGCCGCCGUUGGUACAGCUGGUCUGACCGUCUCCAGUCCCGGCCCGGCGGGCCUGCCCAGUCGAGAGAAUUCCGGCCAGCCAGGCUUGGGCUCGAGUCCCAGCACGGACCAAUCACGCUCUCCGGACCUGACUUUUCCUGGCUGUGAAACGGUCGCCUCCUGUCCGCCGAUCGAGGCUCGUCUCGUGUCGGCGCCUGGCUUGCUCUAUCCCCACAGCCGGUCGGAAACUGGUAGCGCGGCCCGCCUUAACGGUUCGGCCGAUUUCUACCCGCCCUACGAGGCUCAGGCGCCGAACGCCGACUUUGAGACGAAAGGGUACCAAUCGGAGGCUGUAGCACAACGGCGAAAGCUGGAGCACGCCGAAGUGGAUGAGGAGGAGGAGGAGGAGGAGGAAGAAGAAGAAGAGUCGUUUCUGCACGAGGCUGGAGGAAGGCGGUACAAGAGGCGUGGAGCCUCGCGCCAUCGAAACGCUGGCAGAAUGCAACGUCUGAAGGAGGCAGAUGGACGAGGCGGAGAUGCGCCCGACGACGGAGAAAAGGCUGGCGUUGACGACGACCAAGUAAAGACGGAGGUGGCGGCCAAGCGAGACGACAUGAAGUUGGCAAAAAAGGGUACUGAAGUCUCGACGUCCUCGUCGUCUUCGUCGUUGUCAGGGCUUCGAAAGUCAAGCCAUUGGCUCGGAGGCGACGUAGACAACUUGAAUGGUGCUCGACCUUCCAGAUUGGAGGCUGCCGUUUACGAUGACGAGUCCGCUAUGCCAGGCCUGCACGAUGGCUGCUCGGCUCAACUGCGCAGCCAGGCGACGGCCGGCAACGGGGACGCUGUUGUCUCUAUCCAAGCGGUAGAGGCUGGUGUCGAUGUAGUUCAGGACGUUGGUCUCAGAACUGACGGCUAUAUUGACUACCAGACAGGCCUCUUUUCCGAGUCUGACCGUGGAGGCAACGGCGGGCUCGACUUCGUCGCCAACCAAUCGGUCGACUUUUCUCGACUCGGCUACCCGACGUCCGGUCGUCUGAUGGCUGCCUCGAGACUGGCACUCUCCGGAAUUGGCGGAGAACCCGGGCCACAGGACCGACUGGUGAAAGGAGAGGAGGAAGCCAGUUUGCAAAGGAACCAGUCGCAGCGCUGUCCUUCCAACCGGAUCGACAUGGCAGCCUAUUGCCUGGCGAUGAGUAAACAGGAACAAACAAAGGUGAAAUCGGGCCCUCCGGCUGACUGUGUUGGUGGCGAUGCUGAUGAAGAUGAUGAUGAUGAUGGCGAAGAGGAGGAGGAGGAGGAAGAGGAGGAAGAGGAGGAGGAAGAGGAGGAUGAGGAAGAGGAAGAAGAAGAGGAGGAAGAAGAAGAUGGACAAGGUCUUGAAUGCGCUGAGGUUGGCCAGCUCGGCUUUCGUGGGGCCAACUGUGGCCUUGAACAGUUCGACCGACUGCCACGAAGACUGACCGAAAGCGUCGAAUUUCGCACGCCUCAAUGUACCCCUAGCCUCACGUUGCCCGGCCAGACUGGACAACCUAGAAACGGUGUCUGUAGCACUGAAGACUACAUGCUGCCGGGGGCCGGACAAGUGUCUCCGGCCGUUGUCGCAUCAGAAGCCGCUGGACCGACAGGUGACGGCGCCACGAUGAGUCCCGGCAUUCGUUUGUCUGAACCGACGGUCUAUCACGACUUUCUGGUGGCGGCGGCCAAUGCAGCGGCAGACGCAGAAACUGGCGUUGGUGGCGAGCCGCCGAAUGGCCGUAGAUUGUCGUCGUCCAUUUUCUACACGACCGCGGGCCUCCAGCCUGGCACGGCAGAGUUUAGCCGGUGCCCACCAAACAGCGUCUUCACCAACGGAUUUAUCCCGGCCGGCUAUUCUUCCGACCGAGGCUAUCAAGCAGGUAAUGCGGGUCUUUGA